AGCCUAGCAGCAAGUGGAAUUAUAGCGGGCAAAACACAGGAUCCGGCGAAUCGAAUGAGCACCUACUGCUAGCCUUGAACUUGAAGCAAAGCACUAGCGCGCGUUGCUCUCGCCACUUCCGGCACUCAUCCUGAAUUCGAAGCCUAGUCAUGGAAGCUACUCGGUUCAGCUCACAUGUCUUACAUCCACAUAGCUUUCGAGCUAAUCCCAAGAUAUUUCGAGGUUAGUUUCCCAGUGUUUCGUUACCUAGAAAUCUGAGGAAGCAAAGAAGAAAGAAAAUGAAGUAUGGCUAUUUGAGAGGCAGACAAUCAGAACAAAUCCAAUUUUACUGUAUAAAGUGCCAUAAAACGUGGGGUUCUUCAUUUGAAAGAAGGCAAUCCCUAUUGCUGAACAGGUCUUCGUUUAAUAGAGUAAACUGGAAGCAUUCUUUCAACUUCUCUUAUAAGCAUCGAAGUGACUAUUUGCAUGUGGAACCUCCAAAUAUCCAGCAUUCAGAUCAAGAAAUUCUUCCUCCAACUCAAAGUGAUGGGGCAGGGGUUCUUGCAUCUUCUGAUCCCCAUAACCUGGACUUGAGACCCAAAAAGUAUAAAAAUAGGUUUCUUAAUUUUGUUCGCUUGAGUUCUGUCCUGAAUGGGAUUGCUGAAUCAUUUUUCAAAAGUGAGAUACGAAGGAGGUUGUUUGUGACUGCUGUGCUAAUUGUACUCAGCCGUGUUGGCUAUUUUGUUCCUCUACCUGGCUUUGAUAGGAGGUUGAUACCACAAGACUACCUAAGCUUUGUCUCAGGAUCUGUUGAUGAACUUGGUGACUACACCUCUGAGCUCAAACUUUCUCUUUUCCAGCUCGGAAUCAGUCCUCAGAUAAUAGCAUCCAUUAUUAUGCAGGUUCUUUGUCAUAUGGUUCCUUCUCUGGUGAAACUGCGAAAGGAAGGUCUAGAUGGACAUGAGAAGAUAAAGAGUUAUAUAUGGUGGAUGUCACUUGGCUUUGCAAUUUUGGAAGCUCUAAUACUUGCAUGCUACUCACUUCCAUAUUCAAUUUAUGCUGCCAAUCAAAGGGUCAAGCAUGUGAUGUUAACAACUCUUUUGUUGGUAUGCGGUGCAAUGACUAUAACAUGGAUAUGUGAUACCAUCUCAGAAUCCGGAUUUGGUCAAGGUUCUUCGCUUAUUAUAUGUGUGGGGAUAUUGACGGGUUAUAUGGAAACAUUGCACAAAAUGCUGACUCAGCUCUCAGUGAGUGCCGUUAGUUGGUGGCCCUAUGUACUUGCAGUAUUGGGUCUAUUUACAAUUGUCACUAUGUGGGCAGUUGUAGUCACUGAAGGUUGCAGGAAAGUGAAACUUCAAUACUAUGGUUUCAAACUUGCUUCUGCUGCAAGAGAGCAAUCCCCAAUUACUGAAGUGGAGCCCUAUAUUCCUUUCAACAUUAACCCAUCAGGAAUGCAACCUGUUCUUACCACCACUUACCUCUUGGCGUUUCCAAGUAUUCUUGCAAGUUUGCUUGGUUCACGUUUCUGGGAGCAUGUGAAGGAGAUAUUGAACCCUGAUACAUCUGCUGGUGCUGAGCCUUGGGUUUACUACUCCGUAUAUGCUUUUUUCGUCUUCUUAUUCAAUAUAUUUGAUAUUGCCAACUUGCCCAAGGAAAUUGCCGAUUACUUGAAUAAGAUGGGUGCCAGGAUACCUAACAUAAAGCCUGGGAAGGCAACAAUAGAAUACCUUUCAAAAGUUCAGGCAUCCACACGAUUUUGGGGUGGCCUAUUGUUAAGUGUUUUGGCAACCACAUCAAGCAUUCUUGAUCAUUAUUUACGGCGUACCAAUGCUGGAUUUGCAAUUGGGUUCACAUCAGUAUUGAUUAUUGUUGGUUCCAUUAUUGAGCUAAGAAGAUCAUAUCAAGCCUAUAAUGUAAUGCCAAGUUUAAGCAAGGCUCUGAGACGGUAUGGUGUAUAGCUUCUGGAAAGGCUGUGCUGCUCAACUGUUCCUUGUUAUGUAAACCUCGAGGGUAACGAUUUGGUCGCCAUUGGUGACUCUGCUUUUCAAGUACGUCAGAGUCUAGUUUUGGGGUGGCGAAGUAAUCUACCAGUGUUUGCUGCCUGUUCAGUAACAGCUGUGAUCACUCUUUCAGAAGGCUCGUUUUCGUAUAUCUUAGGGGAAAUAAAUCGUCUUAUGUAUCCAGGAAAUUUUCGUUAGCUUAUUGUUAUAUGUAGCUUAGGAUUUGUAAAGGAAAUUCAAAUUUGUCAUAACUGUGAUCUGUAAUUUUCAAAGUGAGAUGCCGGGAUAUGCAAGUGCGGAGGGCAUAGGAGCCGCUGUGAAGAGAA